AUGUACACGUACAGAUUAAGUACGUACUUUGUGGCUAGAACUACAAAUGCCCUUCCAUUAGACCUUGUACUACCAGUGCUCUUCCUCCUAGUUGUUUAUUUCAUGGGCUGGUUUGAGACUCAAUGCAAGACCCUUUCUCCUGAGUAUUCUUACAAAUUUUCUCUGCAUCGUGGCAGCUCAGGGACUUGGACUUGCUAUUGGGGCAACACCACUAAUGGACUUGAAAAGGGCAACAACUUUGGCUUCACUCAGUGUCAUGACUUUCAUGUUGGCUGGGGGUUUCUUUGUAAAGAAAGUCCUAUAUUCAUAUAUUGGAUUCAGUACCAACCUUUCAACUACCAGGCGUACAUGCUUAUGCCAAAACUCCAAUAUGAGCGAACACAUUGCACCAUGCUUUCAACACUAAUGGACUUGAAAAGGGCAACAACUUUGGCUUCACUCACUGUCAUGACUUUCAUGUUGGCUGGGGGUUUGUUUGUAAAGAAAGUCCUAUAUUCAUAUUUUGGAUUCAGUACCAAUCUUUCAACUACGAGGCGUAUGCCAAAACUCCAAUAUGAGCGAACACAUUGCACCUAG